CUACUCCAAACUUAUCGUGAUCACCUCCUAUUCUUCCUUUAUCCUUAUUCCUUUCACCACUCUUUCGGCUGAACAUACCCUCCAAGUUCUCCAAAGAUUUAUUUAGCUAGAUCUUCGAACGCAGUUAGUGUGGCCAGGUGCGCCCUGUCAACCAACCAGUGCGGCAUCUAGCACUUAUCAAAUCUCUCUUUACUUCCUCCCUUCCUGUCACUUCCUGACCCACAGCCGAUUCGCAGUCACUACGCACUCCACCAUGACGACUAUGGUUGCAGCAGGUACUCCGCUCGCGGAAGCCCUGAGCAGUGUCAUAUCUCCCAAGUUGAGCGAGAUGGGGUGGAGUUCCGACGGCGACGAUUCAGCCUUGAUCGAAUACGUGAUUCUGAUGCUGGUAAACGGCAAAACACAAGAACAGAUCGCCGGCGAGCUCUCCAAUGAUCUCCUUGGUCUGGGCGAAGAAGGUGAUACUCAGGCUCUUGAGUUCUCAAGGUGGUUGUUCGAACAGGUCGAGAUUCUCAACCAACAGAUCAAUGGUGGUGGCGCCCCAGCUUUGAACGACCAUACCUCGGCGCAGGCGAUCCCUUCCUUCGCAGAUCAAGAGGCUGCUGUUACUCAACCGGCCGGCCUUGACGGCCAUACCCAAGAUGCAGACAUGGCCAUGGGUGACGAUGCGAAUGCGACAGAUGACUCUAUACCGACGGGUCCGAAGGCAAUGCGCAAUGGGCGCCCCGGUGGAAGAGGCCGGAUGCUCAACCAAAUAAACAGGGCGAUGGACCGAGGCGAUCGUGGCGACUCGACUCUCCAUCGCGUUCGUGGGCCCGGUGGCGGACGGAUUAACACACAUGGUCAGAACAACGGAAAGGGUCGCUUCAACCAGAAUGGUGGCGGUCGGAUGCAGGGUGGUCGUCAAAUGAACAUGGGUCCGAUGAUGAACAUGAACCAGAACGAUCAAAUGCAGUUGAUGUCUCUCCUCGAGGAGCAAGCACGGAUGAUGGCGCAACUCAUGCCUGGAUUCGUCCCUCCCGCUAUCAACCCGGCGUUUCAACAGAAUGGUCCCCAACAGGGUCGGUCAUUGUUCGAUCGCGUCGAACGCCAGCAUGGCCCCCGGCAUCAUCGCAAUCAGCGCAACAACCGCACGACGGAACAAGACAACGACACCGACAUGGAGAUGAAACCUCAAGGAGAGCAGGACGAGACCAACACCGAUACCGUGUGCCGCUUCAACCUUCGAUGCAGCCGGAAGGACUGUCCUUUCGCCCACCAGUCCCCGGCAGCCCCCGAAGGCAGCCCGGUCGACGUUGCGGACCCCUGUCCUUAUGGAGCAGCAUGCAAGAAUCGCAAGUGCACCGGGCGCCAUCCUUCGCCGGCUGUCAAGUCCGCUCACCAGGCCGAGGAGAUGUGCAGAUUCUUCCCCAACUGUGCCAACCCUCACUGUCACUUCAAGCAUCCUUCCAUGCCGUUAUGUCGUAACGGGGCCGACUGCACCACCGAGGGCUGUAAAUUUACACAUCUCCAGACAGCUUGCAAGUUCAACCCCUGUCUUAACCCGAGUUGCCCCUAUAAGCAUGCUGAGGGCCAAAAAGGUGCCUUCCCCGACAAAGUCUGGACACCAAAUUCGGGGAAGCCCCACGUGAGCGAGAGAAAAUUCGUGACGGAUGAAGAUGGGGCAGAGGAGUUCAUCAAGCCGGGCGCUACGGAUGGCUCUCAAAGCCAGGAGAUCAUGCGGCUCGUAUGCUCCUCCAAAGGCGCACUUGGAGUCGUAAGGGUGCCAUUGGGGCGCUCCCACCUUGGGAACUGUCGCUUGCAUUCCACCAAACCGUAUGAUGUUGCCGUCAUUGGCGGAGGCAUCACGGGGCUCACAGCAGCCUAUCGUUUGUCGCGAGACCCAAGAUGCAAGAAAGUCACGCUUUACGAGUCAAAGGAUCGCCUAGGAGGGUGGAUGCAGUCUGAUACAGUGACAGUCGAGAACGAACUAUCCCAAGGGAAACUGGUUCUCGAACGCGGCCCGCGGACUCUGAGAGCUGCCUUCCCCACAGCUCUCCCUCUCCUUGACCUGUUGCUUGAGUUAGACUUACAGGACGAUGUUGUUAUCACGAGGAAAGACUCGCCGGCCACCACCAAUCGAUACAUCUACUAUCCUGAUCACUUGGUGCGCAUGCCGGCACCUCGCCCCAACGAGAGUCUCAUCAAAUAUAUCCGGAGUUUGAUCAAAACUGUGAAAGAGGAGCCACUUUUCGAAGGGAUGAUUAAUGCGCUCUGGCGCGAAUUUCGGCACCCACCGGCGGCGUCCGGUAAACCCGACGAGUCGAUUGCGGAUUUCAUUUCGCGCCGCUUCAGUCCCAAGAUGGCGGAUAACCUGGUCUCUGCGGUCAUGGCUGGCAUAUUCGCCGGUGACAUCAACCGCCUCAGUGCACAAACACUAAUGGGCACGUUCCGGAACCUUGAAAUGAACGGGGGCUCCGUCUUGAGAAACAUUGUGAAAGAUAUGCUGCAGAAGCGGAAAUAUUGGUAUAUGGAUGAUACCUUUGCUUACCAGUGUCUUCUGGGAGGCUCGGGCGAUCAGGAUUAUGCCCAAAAGCUCCAAGCGUUGUACAAAGAUGCUAGCGUUUUUACCUUCAAAGAGGGCCUUGAACAGCUGCCCCGUGCCAUCACCGAACAACUGAAGAAGUCCAAGAACGUUGAUAUCGUUACGUCAGCCGAUAUACGCGCAUUAAUCCAGGACCCCAUGACGCAUGACUUGACUGUUGACCUCGGAGGAACGAGCCUUCGCACGCACAACCGAGUGAUCGCUACCGUGAAACCGCUUCAUCUGGCCAACAUGAUCCCCCAGCGGAUGGCUAAGAGCCGCUACUACCCUGCUCAGUCGGUCAAGAACCUGCGGGCUGACAAUAACAACUAUGCCGUAACGGUCAUGGUGAUCAACCUAUAUUACAAGGAAGAAGACCAUCUGGACAUACCCAGGGGUUUCGGGUACCUGAUCCCACGCUCGGUACCAUUCGAACAGAACCCCGAGAGGGCCCUGGGUGUCAUCUUCGGAAACGAGACUUCCGUGGGCCAGGACACUGUCGACAACAAGAAACUGACCGUGAUGCUAGGUGGGCACUGGUGGGAUGGUCUGUCGGAAUCGGAAUACCCGGAUCAUGAGAAGGCAUACAACUUGGCACGUUCUGUGCUUCGAAGACACCUCAACAUCACUGCGGAGCCACUCAAUACCCAGAUCUGCCUCCACGUAGAUGCCAUUCCCCAAUAUACCGUCGGGCAUCUUGACCGCAUGAACGAGCUCUCCCAAACGGUUCGCACGGAGUACCACAAACGGCUGACGCUCGCUGGCUCAUGGUACGGCACCAAUGGUAUCGGUGUGCUCGACUGUGUCCGUCAGGGCUACUUGGCCGGGACGUUCGGGGUGGGUGCUAGGAAACUCAAGCCCACUACGGGAUCUGGGUAUUGGAGUCGCUAUGACUGGCAAAACUGGGAUUUGGAAGGUGGCAUUGUGACCUCACCUGUGAGAUACGCCGAGGUCAAUGCUUCGGACGCCAACGGACUGUAAGGCGCUGUCGUGCGCUGCUGUAGGCUACCAUGCUGAUCAUGACAGCUUACUUAUCUCAAGGUAAACCAGGUAAGUUGAUAGUGGCAAACAUUCAGAGUGUUCGUGUGGAGGUACGUAAAUGCUCGGUGGAUAAGCUAGCAACACAAUCUAAAGCUUUGAAAAGC